AUGCCUGCCGCUAUCAGGCGCCUUGCACGAUUAGCCCAUUUAAUCCUCAUGACAUCCGAGAAGCCAGCGUGGGUGAAGUGUGUGAGGCACCCGGGGGCCAGACUGAACGCGGAUCCGCAGAGCCGGGAAGAAGGUGGGGACCCUCCAGCCCGCAGAGUCGCUGCAGGUGCCCAGUACAGCGCCGCGGAGUCAUUGCGACCCGCCCAGAGGGCGGGGCCGGGGCGCCGGGAAGGGGGCGGGGCCACCACCCGCGCGUUCGAGUGCCUCCCGGAGUGGUUUGUCCCACGUUGCGUGAAGUGGAGGGGUUUGACAAAAACAAACGGCGACGGCGUCGCGGCAGGGUCUAUGGCUGAGGCGGUGAGACCUCAGCGCCGGGCCAAGGCCAAGGCCAGUCGUACUAAAACCAAGGAAAAGAAGAAGUAUGAAACCCUUCAGAGGGAAGAGUCUGAGGAAGUCUCACUUCCAAAAACCUCCAGAGAGCAGGAAAUCCCUUCUUCAGCUUGUGAAUUUAAAGGAGACCACCUGAAAGUGUUUACUGAUUCCCAGCUCCAGAAUGAUACCAGUGGACAAAAUGAAAGUGAAAUGUUUGAUGUACCACUCACCUCCUUAACUGUAAGCAGUGAUGAGUCUGUAACAUGUAACACGGAACCCCUGAAGGAAGGGGGAGAGGUCAGAGCCUAUGCUGGAGACAAUGCAAUCAAGCCAAAGGUCGACCCUGGAGACAGUGUUGGAACUAAAGUAGAAACCCCCAAGAACUUUACAGAGGUAGAGGAAAAUAGAUUGGUACAAUGUGGACCUUCAGAAAGCACACUGCAAUCUAAUUUUUCUUAUACUCAGCAGGAAAUGGAAAAUUUACAAGUCAGAGAAACUCAGAAUAGGAAAGAAGACAAACAAAUCCUGGGUCAUACUUCAGAGGUGCUACAGGAUGUUGGCUUGCAGAGUUCUUGUGAAGCCAGACAUGUUUUUCAGCCACCUAGAGUGAAGAAAUUGUAUCCUGGGUUACCAACUGAAAUUUCUAGAGAAGUUCCAGCAUUGGUGGCAGUGAAACCCUUCCUUUGUAGUGAGCGACUCUACCCAGAACUCCCAUCUCAACCAGAACUAGUACCAUUUACUAAAGAACAGCUAAAAAUCUUGGAGCCCGGUUCAUGGUUGGAAAAUGUCGAGUCAUAUUUAGAAGAAUUUGACAGCAUGGCUCAUCAGGACAGGCAUGAGUUUUAUGAGUUGCUUUUGAACUACUCUCGAUGUAGGAAGCAACUGUUGCUGGCUGAAGCUGAGCUACUUACUCUGACAUCUGAUUGCCAAAAUGCUAAAAGUCGGCUAUGGCACUUUAAGGAGGAACAAAUGUCUGUUCAGGGUAUUUGUGCAGAUCAAGUGAAAGUUUCUGGCUAUCAUCGCUACCAAAGAGUAGAGAUGAAUGAAAGUGCACUGGGGGAACUAAAGAAGCUAUUUGAUGCCAAAUCUGAGCACCUCCACCAGACCCUGGCCCUUCAUUCUUACACUUCCGUGCUCUCGAAGUUGCAAGUGGAGUCUUACAUUUAUGCGUUGCUCAAUAGUUCAGCUGUUCUGAGAUCUUUAGCAAUUCAUCAGCAAGGCCGAGCUUCUAAACAGGCAGAAAGCAUUCCCUCUGAUCUGUGUCAGCUGAAGGAGUGCAUUAGUGUCUUAUUCAUGUUCACCAGGAGAGUUAAUGAGGAUACUCAGUUCCAUGAUGAUAUUCUUCUCUGGCUGCGGAAAUUGGUAACAGUGUUACAAAGAGUUGGCUGUCCAGGAGAUCACCUUUUUCUUCUAAACCAUAUACUUCGAUGCCCAGCUGGUGUUAGUAAAUGGGCUGUUCCUUUCAUCCAGAUCAAAGUGUUGAAUAACCCAUCAGGGGUCUUCCAUUUUAUGCAGUCCCUUGCCCUGCUGAUGUCUCCUGUUAAAAAUCGAGCAGAGUUUAUGUGCCACAUGAAGCCCGGUGAACGGAAGCCAUCCUCCUCGGAGCCAAUGUCUGGGACUUGGACACUAGUAGAUGAGGGAGGAGAAGAGGAUGAAGACCCAGAGACAAGUUGGAUUCUGCUUAAUGAAGAUGACUUGGUUAUCCUUUUAUCACAGUUUCCAUUUCAUGAACUCUUUCAACAUCUUCUUGGGUUUAAAACAAAAGGUGAUUAUUUACCUGAAACAGCAAGACCUCAAGAGAUGAUGAAAAUUUUUGCCUUCGCCAACUCGUUAGUAGAACUUCUGGCUGUGGGGUUAGAAACCUUUAAUAGAGCACGCUAUAGGCAGUUUGUGAAACGAAUAGGUUACAUGAUCAGGAUGACCCUUGGUUAUGUGAGUGACCAUUGGGCACAAUAUGUGAGCCAUAACCCGGGCUCAGGAUUGGCCUUGCAGCCUUACUCCAUGGAAAAACUCCAGGUUGAAUUUGAUGAGCUGUUUUUGAGGGCUGUCUUACAUGUGCUGAAAGCCAAAAGACUUGGCAUUUGGCUGUUUAUGUCUGAAAUGCCCUUUGGGACCCUGUCGGUCCAAAUGCUCUGGAAGCUUUUCUACCUCAUGCACCAGGUGGAGAGCGGAAGCCUGCAGCAGCUUUGCUCCACCUUGCAGCCUGCUGAAUGCAAGAAGCUGCUCCAAGGUACAGAAGCACUGGAGGACGCAGCGUCCAGCUUUCCUCAACUCUGUGCCUCUCUUGUCAUUGCUUCAUGCUUUUUACUUUUAGAGGGAAUAAGGAAGCAUGUUUUACUCUGUGUAAUCAACUGUAAUAAUUUUGAAAUUUCAGAGACUGCUCCAUUGUUUUGAUUUUUUUAGACAGU